GGACCCGGAGCACGGAGCCCCAGCACCUCCCGUGCCGGCCCCGGCCCCACGUCGAACUCGGGCCAGCACCUGGUGCAGCGGAGCCUGGUGCUCUUCGUCGUGGGCGUUUUCAUGGCCUUGGUGCUGAACUUGCUGCAGAUCCAGAGGAACGUCACGCUGUUCCCCGACGAAGUGAUCUCCACGCUCUUCUCCUCCGCCUGGUGGGUGCCCCCGUGCUGCGGGACAGCGGCAGCUGUGGUGGGCCUGCUGUAUCCUUGCAUUGACAGCCACCUGGGGGAACCACACAAGUUCAAGAGAGAGUGGGCCAGCGUCAUGCGAUGCAUAGCAGUGUUUGUUGGCAUCAAUCACGCAAGUGCUAAACUAGAUUUUGCAAACAACGUCCAGCUGUCCCUGACUCUAGCAGCCUUAUCUCUGGGUCUUUGGUGGACGUUCGAUCGUUCAAGAAGUGGUCUCGGACUUGGAAUUACAAUAGCCUUUGUAGCAACUCUUAUAACCCAGUUUCUUGUAUAUAAUGGUGUUUAUCAGUAUACAUCCCCAGAUUUUCUUUACAUCCGUUCAUGGCUUCCAUGUAUAUUCUUCUCAGGAGGUGUGACUGUAGGAAACAUAGGACGCCAACUGGCUAUGGGUAUUCCAGAGAAACCACACAAUGACUAAAUCUUCAAAGAAGAGAGCACAGUGCCAGUGUGAAAGCAACUUUACAAAGAUGUGUUCCUGUUAUAAAUUGAAGAUUAUUUAGAAAACAAAAUAAUCUCUUUAUGGGCUCACUGCACAAAUUACUUGUGGAAAAAAAAUAUUAAUCCACUCUUAGAAUAGCCAAGUGAAAUUAACUGCUUAUCUUGAAAUCUCACCCUGAUUUACCACAUAAGCAUUUGCAUAUGGCUGUUCUCUGGAAGAGUUUAACACCCAAGUUGCAUACAACUGUUCAGGCUAAGUGGCAGUUUUCCAAGUAUUAGAUUCCAGUCUAAGUUAUUGAAGCAGCUGCCAUACUUUAAAGCCUUGAAACUGAAAUUUAAUUACAAGCUCUUGUAUCAGUGCCCAAAGGAAGUAGAUUGAUGGUGCUUAACAAUGAUGAAGUAUGGUUUAAUAGGAAUAGUAUUUAUCCAAAUCUUUUUUAAAAAUAGGGUUAUUUAAAAAUAAGAGUGAUCAAAACAGGUUAAAGGCAUUGCACUAAUGCUUUUAGGAGUCUUAUGAAGGAAUCAUGCCCUUACUGGUAAUGCUGCAUUAAGUUUCUGUCUUUCACAAUGGAGAAGGCUGGAGGGUUGAAAAGUUGGAAGUCACCUAGGUGGGGGUUUCUAAAUUAUUUCAGUACAAUAGGUGAACACAGAAGACAAUCUUGUUCUAACGUCAACUUUCCUAGGAAAUUCUGACUGGAAGUUUCAUUACUUCUGAAGCUUUCAGGCAGAUUGGCAAGACUCAAGUUCUGGCUCCAGUCAAUAAGAAAUCUUGAAGUGUGUGAGUAUUCCUGCUUAAUAUCAAGACACCUGCUUCAG